CUCGCCGCUUCGUUCUGGACAACUUCGUGAAAGUGUCUCAGCAGAGCGAAGAACUGGUGGAAAUGCCUGUAGAGGAGCUGCAAUCGAUAAUCGAGUCCGAGGAACUUAACGUGAAGAACGAGAAAGUUGUGUGGGAGUGCGUUCUCCGGUGGAUUAACCAUGACGUGGACAACAGGAAAGGCCACAUCGUGGGCCUUUUGAAGGGCGUAAGACUGGGAUUACUUGACGCAAAGUUUUUCAAGGAGGAGGUAUCAAAGCACCCGUACGUGACGGAAAAUGAGGCGUGCAAACCCGUAAUCUUGGAGACGAGCGCGUUCCUACGCGACGUGCAAAUGAUGACCAAGGAAGACAAAGACUUCGUCAUAGCAAGGAUUGCCCGCUCGGGAAUCCCACGGGACAUUCUGUUUGCUAUUGGUGGGUGUCGCUACGGAACGUUGACAGAUGUGAUCGAAACUUAUGACAUACGAGCAAACCGAUGGAGUGUGUUGGAGCAGGUCGAUUCGAUCGGUCCGCGAGCCUACCAUGGCUCGGCAGUAGUCGGUUUCGAGAUUUACGUCAUCGGUGGUUAUGACGGCGGCUCUGAAGGUUUAAACACAUGCCAUUGCUUCAACGCUGCUACAAAGACGUGGCGCGAGGUGGCGCCUAUGCAUGAACGCAGAUUCACUUUAAUAGUGGCUGUUCUGCGAGGUGAAGUGUACGCGAUGGGCGGUUUCUCUGGUAAUCUGCUUCUCAAUAAAGCGGAACGAUACGAAUGCAAGACAAACCAGUGGUCUUUGAUCGCUCCCAUGAAGACAGCGCAUUGCAAUGCAAGUGUGGCUGUACUGAGUGACAAAAUAUACGUCGCUGGUGGAUGUGAUAUAUAUAACACUCAUUUGAAAACGGUGGAAGUUUAUGACCCGGACACCAGUUUCGCCACUUUUUCAUGA